AUGAGUAAGCUUGGUCGCCCUGAGGCGGAUGGCUCCUUAAGCAUAACCACAACUAUGCAAGCGAUCAAUGAGAAGAUUGUCUCGCUCAACUAUGAGAACUUGAGAGCGGAGAUCAAGUCUGUGGAUGCACUAGAAUCGUAUAAUGGUGGAGUUAACGUGCUUGUAACUGGUCAUCUUACAGGGCAGGAUAACAUAGUUAAAAAUUUUGCUCAAUCCUUCUUUCUUGCUCCACAAGACAGGGGCUUCUUUGUUUUGAAUGAUAUGUUUCGUUAUGUUGAUAAUAUCAACGUGAACCCUGCUGUAGUCAGUGAUGUUGUGGUGCUGCCUCCACAAGAGCAAGCUCCUGCUCCUCCAGUCGAUGACAAUCAUACUUCUGAACAAAGUACGCCAUCGGCAGAGGAUGAAGCCAUUGCAGGUGAAGUUUACAACCCACCUGAGAAUGGAAAUUGUGUGCCUGUUGCCGAAGAGGAAGAAGUCCCUGUACCUGAGGUAGUUGAUGCAGUGCAGGAUGAUAUAGAGCAGGUGGUUGUACCCGGGAUCAAAAGUGAUGAAGUUCCCAAGAAGUCUUAUGCAUCUAUUGUGAAGCAUCUCAAGGAAACUGCUGCAAGUUUCUCCCCCCCUCCAGUGGUUCCUAGAAAAGCACCACCAACGAGCAUGGAGCAAGUGAACCCCGCUGUGGUCCCGACACCUCAUGGACCAGUUUCGAGCUUUGAUUCUGUUGAGAUUGAACAUGACGAAGAAGAAGAAGGCAUGAUUUCAGAAUUUUUUAUUUGCAUUUUCAUGUUUCCAGAUUCCUCUGAUGGUUACUCGAUAUAUGUGAAGGGACUUCCAAUGAAUGCUACUGAAGCCUUACUUGAGGAAGUCUUCAAGAAAUUCGGUACUAUCAAGAAAGAUGGGAUUCAAGUUAGAAGCAACAAGCAACAAGUGUUUUGCUUUGGCUUUGUGGAAUUCGAGGAGGCUAGUUCUGCGCAAAAAGCCCUUGAGGCUUCUCCCGUAUUAAUUGGUGGGCGCCAAGCCAUUGUUGAAGAAAAAAGGUCUACAAAUUCUCGAGGAAGUAACAGAGGGAGGUUUCAUUCAGGAAGAGGGUCUGGAUUCAGAGGACGUGGGAACUAUGGAGGAGGUGGCAGGGGUGGGUACAAUAAAGGGGAUUUUAACGGCAUCGGAAACAAAGGAAAUCGAGGAGACCGUGAUGGAUAUCAGAGAUCUGAAAACAGCACUGUCAAUGGGGCCCGCACAAACCGCAUGCUCAAUGCCAAUGUAAAGAAUCCAACUCCUCGCAUUCCUUCUACUGCUUGA